GGUUUCCGCAACCGCAACCAAGACUCCUCUGUUGCCGUCUCCGUUGGCUUCUCUCUCGAUCUCGCCGUUUUCAGUCUAAACACCGAGUCCUAAAGCUUGAUCGAUGAUUAGUUAAUGGCGGCUACAUGUUUGAUUUCUAGGGUUUAACUGAGAGUCCCAUAGUCAAACGAGUCUGCCGCUUGUGCUGCUGAAUCUCGAAGAAACUAGCGAUAAUGGGCAAGACGAAGAAGUUCAUUGACAAGAAAAAGGCUGCAACUUUCGAGUUGUGUCCCCGUGAUUCGUCUGACCCGAGAUUCAGUGACUCGCCAGGGGGCGACAAGGUCUUUGUUCGUGUCGAUCGCAACCCUGUCAAUGUCGGUCGUUUCUCCGACGAACACGGAGAUUCCAGCUCUUUGUUUGCAGACGCUCCUGAAGAUUACAACGAUGGGUAUUUCGACAAUUCGGGUGAUGGAAAUCUGUUGCCGGAUGAUUUGAGGAAGGAGAUACUAGAGUUGGGUUUUCCUGAUGAUGGUUAUAAUUAUUUGGCACACUUGAGAGAGAUUAAGAAUACUGGUGCUGGUUCUGCCUUUUAUCUCAAUCCCAAGGCUAAGUUUGAUGAGCUUCCUCGCGAUGUCAAGGCAUAUGAUGCUUCUCGGGUUAAAGUUCCUGCUUCGGAAAAGGAUGCUAAUGAGAAGUCAAUUUAUAGUGUGGCAUCGAGCACUUUUAACGUGGGGGUGCAAAGAGUUAUGGAUCCUGAAGUGGCUGCCUUGCUUGAGAACAGUGAUUUAUCUGAGGUUGGUUCCGAUGUUGAGGAUUUGGAGGAAGACUUUGUCAUUCGAGCAAAUCUUCCUCAACAAGGGGAAGGUUCAGGUAUGAACAAUAUGUUUCCUGAAAGACCUGAGGCAAGCAAUAGAGGAAGUGAUGAGCUAAGAGAUCAAUCUGAUGGUGAAGAGGACUUACAUUACAGUGCCAAGCCUUGGAUUCGUCGUGAUCUUGAUGAGCAGUUUGAUCUGCUUGAGCUUAAUGAAUAUGGAAGCUAUAUUGAUGAUGAUGACUACAACGGUUACCUAGCCGAAGAUGGAGGAGUAGAAGAAGGAGAAGAAGAAGAAGGCUCUGUGGCUCUCAGGCUUCAGAGUAUUGUGAAUGAAAAUCCAGAUGAUUUUGAGCUUGGAGAAAAGUAUUUGAAUCCCGCGGAUCUGUUGAAGAACAGUGAAGUGGUGAAAGACAAAGAGUUACUGGACUCUGCUGCAGUUAUUAUCCGUCGUUGCGCAGAAUAUGCUGAGAAAUAUGAAAAUGGAAACGAAGAUGACCUUGAAGAAAUGGUGGUUGUACAGGAAUCCAGUGAUGAAUCCGAAAAGUGGGAUUGUGAAACCAUAAUCACUACCUAUUCAAAUCUCGACAACCACCCUGGUAAAAUCCAAGCUCCAGGGACAGCAAGGAAACAUAAGCUGAGUGAAACCGUAGCUAAAGCGUUGAGUUCCAGUGGUAAAAUGAUUUCCCUCCAGGGAAAAGAGAAGCUUCCAGUUGAUUUUUUGCCUCAGAGAAAGUCUGAACAAAUCUCGGCAAAAGCCAAAGACGUUGUAAUCCCGAAAAACGAACCCCUCAAGAGGAAACCCCAUGGCCAAGAGUCAAAGGAGGAGAAGAAAGAGAGAAAGGCUGCUGUAAAGAAUGAAAGGCGUGAAGCGAGGCGGGCGAAGAAAGAAAUGAAAGGAUUGUACCGUUUCGAAGCUCAGCUUGCCCAAAGAGCUGUUGCUGUGUCUUUACCAUCUUCAAUCCAUCUGUAAAGUAAAAGCAUGGGAUUUCCGCGGUAUGGGACGGAUUCUGACCCCGAUCCCUACUUGUCUACACCAAGAGUGGUUUCUUAAAUGCUUUUUAUCUUGUUUGGUUUUGAUGAGAACGUAAGAACUCAAAAUCUUUCAAUGUCCAGACCGUUCCAAGUUGUCUGACUUUCAAAAUCUUUCUAAUGAAUUUUCCUCAUCUUGGUUACACUUUGCGGACCUAA